AGAUCCCCCUCCCUCGCCCCCUGCGCCCCCUAGUGCCCCUAGUGGGGGCGGCGGCAUGUCAACUGCUGCGAUCGUGGGCAUUGUGGUGGGGGGAGUGGUGGCACUUGCGCUAAUUGUGCUGCUGCUGGUGUGGUUGCUCCUGCAGAGGAACAAGAUGAAAGACCUGUGGACCCCGGAGGACUACAAGGCGAUCGAGGGCCUGCAGAGGCUGGGAGUGCAUCGGUGCAAGCUCAAGGAGAUAGAGGACGCCACCCAGGGGUUCAAGACGCUGCUGGGGGAGGGCGGAUACGGACAGGUGUACAGGGGAGUGCUGGCUUCGGGGGACGUGGUGGCAGUGAAACGAGCCAAGGGGCAUGUGAAGCUGUGCGGCACGGAGUUCCGCAACGAGAUCACGCUGCUCUCAGCGGUGCGCCACCGCAACCUGGUGCAGCUGAAAGGCUUCUGUGUGGAGGAGGGCGAGCAGCUGCUGGUGUACGAGUUCAUUGAGAAGGGCACCCUGGAAGACAUGCUGCGACCCGACUCAAAGCACCCGCUGACGUGGCGUCAGCGGGUUAACAUCGCCUGUGGGGCAGCCAAUGGCUUCGCCUACCUGCACCACCAGAUCAAGCCACCCAUCAUCCACCGCGAUGUGAAGACGGCCAACAUCCUGAUCACAGCAGACCUGGAAGCCAAGGUGGCUGACUUCGGCAUCUCCAAGGCCGUGCCUGAAGAGGCAGAGGGGAAGCUGGAGACACAAGUCAAGGGCACAGUGGGCUAUCUCGAUCCUCAGUACUUCCUGUGCGAUCUCUUAACCGAGAAGAGUGAUGUCUUCAGCUUCGGCAUCGUCCUCCUAGAGCUGGCCACGGGCCUUCGCCCCGUAACGGGCGGCGAGCACAUCAGGAGAAUCGUGGUUGAUAGGAUUACCAACCAUGGCGGCGUGUUCAGUGUCAUGGACCCAAGACUUAAAACCAUGUGCGAGCAGCAGCGGGCGGGGGAGGGAAGCGGGGGCGGAGGCGGAGAAGGGGGAGGUGCUAAGGGAGGGGGGGGAGAGGUGGGGCUGUGUGAUAGUGAGGCGUUGCAGGAGACGUUUGAGUGGUUUCUGCGGCUUGGGAUGCGGUGCAGUCUCAAGCAGGCGCAGAACCGACCCGACAUGCAGCAAGUGCUAAAGGAACUCGAAGCCAUCAGGCGCCGGCUGGACCACCGCUCCUCUGAUUUGCGCAGCGGCAGCGGCGGCGGUGCUGGUGGUGGUGGUGCAGCUGGUGGUGGUGGUGGUGGUGGUGGGAGGGACGAUGGGGAAUGGUAUCAUGCGGAGAAGGGGGAAACUGUGAGUGGAGUGAAGUCGCGGGCGAGUGACAAGUUUUGGGCGGAGAUUGCUGCCACGGCGUCCAAGGGAGGCCCGAGCGGGUAUGCGGAGCGAGGGGAUGGAGAGGAGGAGGAUGAGGAGGAUGAACAUUCGUGGUUUGAGGAUCUACUGCGGAAGCAGAGAGGAGGGCAGGGGGGGCCGGGGGGAGGGAGAGGCGGAGGAGGGGGAGGGGGAGGGGAUGGGGAGAACAACACGGGCAGCAGCAGUGGGAGUGUGUGGAGGGGGACGACUGCGGGCACUCCCACGAGUGCUGGUGAUGGGGUGACUGUGACUUUCAGCGGCACUGCCGUGCAGUCUGAAGUGAUUCCCAGGUGAAACUGGGGAGGGGAUGGGGCAGGGGAUGGAGAGAACAACACAGGAAGCAGCAGUGGGAGUGUGUGGAGGGGGACGACUGCGGGCACUCCCCCGAGUGCUGGUGAUGGGGUGACUGUGACUUUCAGCGGCACUGCCGUGCGGUCUGAAGUGAUUCCCAGGUGAAAGAGGGGGGAGGAGGAGAGGCAGGGGUGGGGGACAACACGGGCAGCAGCAGUGGGACUCCAACAAGUGCUGGCGAUGGCGAUGGGGUGACUGUGACCUUCAGUGGGACUGGCGUGCAGUCUGAAGUGAUCCCCAGGUGAAAGAGGAGGGAGGUCGGAGGGGCAGGGAUUGGGGGACAACACAAGCAGCAGCAGAGGCAGUCUGUGGCGGCGGGGGAUGAUGGGGGGUACUCACACGCGCCAGUGAUGGGGUGACUGUGACUUUCAGCGGCACUGCCGUGCCGUCUGAAGUGAUUCCCAGGUGAAACGGGGGAAGGGUAGGAGGGGCAGGGGUGGGGGACAAUAUGGGUAGCAGCGGUGGGACUCCAACGAGUGCUGGCGAUGGCGAUGGGGCGACUGUGACUUUGAGCAGCACUGCCGUGCAGUCUGAGGUGAUUCCCAGGUGAAAGAGCGGGGAGGAAGGGGGGAUAGGGGCUGGGAAAGAGACAGGGAAUGGGGUGGGCAUGGGAUGGUGUCGGCACGAGCACCAGAAGUGAGCGUGUGUGGAGGGGGACAACAGGGGGAACUCCCACGAGCGCUGGCGAUGGGGUGACUGUGAAUUUCUGUGGGACUGGCGUGCAGUCUGAAGUGAUUCCCAUGUGACAGAGGGGGAGUUGGCAGGGGCAGGGGCAGGGGCAGGGGAGGUUAGAGGGGGAUAUGAAGAAGUCACGGGGGAGCUGGAUGGUAGAGGAGCUCGGCAGGGGAUUACUGCUGCGGCUUUGUGAUGCAUUAUGGGGUCAUUCCCUAAUGUGAUGGAAAUGGGGGGAGGAGACGGGGGGAGAAGUUGUGGGGAGGAGAUGGGGGUGGGGGAGAUGGGGGGAGGAGAUGGGGAGCGGACGGGGGGAGGUGGAAGCUCGAGGGGAAGUUCAGUGCUCUUUGAUGCGGUCCCAUUCUCGGGUUAUUUCUAGAUGAACGGGGAAUGGAGGGGAGGGCAGACAGGGAAGGGAAGGAAAAUGAAGGGGAGGUGAGGGGGCGGAGAGAUGGGGGAAUGUGGAGAGGGAGGGAGCUCGGCUUAGAAAUUGUUGGGCUGAGAAAAAGCCCUUAGGAUCUUUUCAGACACUAAGUCCCAGCUGUGAAGACUUGAGCCUUUGAGUAGGGCAGCGGAAGUUGAGACGGUUGAACCCUUGUACUAGUAUGUGAGAACAAGUGAUUGAUUAAGGAAACAAGCAUACAGCAAUAUAUAGAAGAUAAGAAAGCACCCUUAGGAUCUUUUCAGACACUAAGUCCCAGCUGUGAAGACUUGAGCCUUUGAGUAGUGCAGCGGAAGUUGAGACGGUUGAACCCUUGUACUAGUAUGUGAGAACAAGUGAUUGAUUAAGGAAACAAGCAUACAGCA